AUCAUUAACAUGCUAUCCUAAUUGACAAAUGCGAUGGUAUUCAUUGGUGGAAAGUACCGAAGUCAGCGAUUCAGUACAGAGCGUGUUGUUGCACGGCUGCUUAGAGCAGGAGAGUGAGCCCCAGGGAUCCUAGAGAGACCCAACCCGGGCUGGGUCCUGCACUGCCAGGAAAGCAGCAUUCCCUGCAUUCCUGGCAGUGCAGGGCUGGGUCCUGCACUGCCAGGAAAGCAGCUGCUGCUUCCCCGUAGAAAAUAAAAAUCCUUUCUGCUGGUGAAGUGGCUGCUCUUCCCACCUCAGUGACAGCCUGCCUGGGUCUUGGGAACAGCAGAGAAUACAGCUUGUUCUGAAGUCGUCUGUGACCGUCUGCAGUCACCAGGCACCAAACAGGUCUAAACACCAGAGUGAAUCUUGGGCAGGGCUGCCUGCACUGGGACACAUGUAGGCUGAAGCUGUGCAAGAAGCUGACUGUUUAUGCCUUUCUAAAGACAUCCUCUGAAGUAGGCUCUGUUUGUGUGAGCCUUGCUCUGGACUUGCCAUUUCAGUUCUGUUGUGUAAUGUAGCAGGUGAGCUGGCCCCAUGGCUAGGAUCCGUAUUAACUGUUAGGUCUUAACUGUUACAUCUGGUUCUCCCUCUGACCAAGCAUAUCAGUCAGAGCUGCUCAGAAUACAGGGCUCACGUGCAGCAUCAACAGGGACCCCUCAGAGAGCUGCAAAACCCCAAGCACUGAUUGCAGGUCAGAUCCUUCCGUCUUUCAGCUCAAAGCUCUUGCAUGGGCCCAGUCCACGCAGUUCAGUUCCCAGGAAGGCAGUUGAAAUGACUGGAUGGCAGCAGGCUGUCACAAGCCACAGCAGGUGAGCCCAGGCUGGAAUUGCAAGCAUGCUAGCUGUUGGGUGUAGCCAUCCAUUGCAGAAAGGUUCCCUUAUCACCGGCCUGCAUGGCGCUCUGAGCACGUGCCGAGCUCCUAGCUCUUGCAGGGAGGUUUUGAGCAUGUUUCCUUUACCUAAUUAUUUGCAAGAAAGAGAAGAGCUCGGGUGUUCUGGCAGUGGUUCAGGGUGACCUGAGUCACGGCCCAGUUUGAGUCCGUGACUCACCCAGCAGGGCUUUGCUUCUAGCAGAAAUGGACUUUGGCUUCUGGAAAGGCGUUGUGCAGGAGGCUCGAGGCACGCAGUUAGCACACAGCGAGCCUGCCACGCCCAGGGGAAUGCAGCACUUUUGCCAUCACCUUUCCCUGCUCUGGGAGGAAUCAGUUUCUCCCACACUUGCUCUAGGGAGGCCAGUAGGGGCAGGGAGCUGGCCAAGAAGGAAGGAAGCUCCUCGAGUUCUGCGUAAGUUCAUUGACAGGAAGAGGAGUUGCUGCUGGAGUGGCUUGGCUUCUUUGUGAGCUUCAGCUUUUCCAGGAGAGAGGGGUGCUGAAAUGAAGAGAGCCAGCACCUUCGAGGAGCAAACGGAGUGUGUUGUAGAGGCACUGCUCUCUGACCUCCUGGGGGGAGACGCUGGAUGGCGUAGCCUGGAGACGGAUUCUACACCUCAGGCACAGUCAGCGGUCUGUUACUACCAGGGACAAGGAGCUUCCGACACGUUUGACCCGGUGGUGAUUGCCAGCCGCCUGCGGACGCUGGGGGACCUGUACAACCAGGAUGUGGAGGGACCGGCUCGGGAGGUCAUCGCCAAGAUGGCGAGCGGAAAGGUGGAGGCAUUUGGAGCUGCGGUGGAAUCUCUCAGCAGGAGCUGGAGCAGCCAGAACCCUGAGCUGGGCUACGAGACAGCUUUGCUGUCUGUGUCUGUGAAGCUGGGCAUGUACAUCGCCCAGAAAAUCCCAUCUGUGAGGGAGCAGCUGGUGGAGCUGAUUAACAGGAACCAAGUGAGAGACUACAUCCAGCACCAGGGCGGAUGGGAAAACUUGUAAACCUCCUCUGACAAGAAGAGCCACACUGCAUCCAGGGACAUGCCACCCAUGCCCAGAUACCACCACCCAGCGCUCCAUUUUCAGAAAGAAACGACUCUUCCUUGCCAUCAGGCCUACAGCCUCUGCCCUUCCCGCCCCACCCCUGAAGAUGGAGUACCUGCGCUGUGAUUAGACGUGUUAUGGCUGUCCCUCCCUGCCAGUUCCCAUGUGCAAUCCCUUUGUUCACAAGUAUCUGCCGGGUGGGUGCAGAGCUCCGUGUUAGACCUUGCCAGGGUCACCUGGCUUUGCUGAAACAAGCCCCUAAGGAGUCAAUGCGUCUUAAGUGACCCUGCAGCCUGUGGGCAGCUCUUUGGGGUGCUGUGGUUGCAUGUGCCUGUGGCGUGAGCAGUCAGCAGUGCCAGAGGGGCUGCGUCCCAUUUUGGGCUUUGUGGGGAGUGGCCUUGAACCGAGUCACCCACCCCAGGCCAUGCUGGACGAGCUGCACAGACAGGGGUUGGUCCCCCCCGGCCCCAGCCCUCACUUCCCAAAGAAGUCUACCACGCCUCUCUGAGCGGGGUUCUUCCAGGACACCUCUGUUAGGCCCCUCGUCCCUGCCCUGAUGCCCACCUGCGAUCGUGGGGGUGGUGGCAGCCUGAAUGUAUUAAAAAACCUAUCAGACAGAUUUGUGAGCAUGAAGACAGUCCAAGUCCUCUGCGUGUUUGUCCUCCCACCCUGUGGAUCAUGCUGUCUCUGGCUUGUGAGUUGCUGGCACCCAAGCUGUCUCCCAGCCCAGCUCCUCACUUGGGGUCCCUGAGUAAUAAAUUAUUAAAUACUUGA